AAGAAAUUGACGGAAGGCCGUAGGGGUCGUUCUUUAUCAAGCCGAAAUGCCAUCUCUCCCGAAACUCAAAAAGAAAUAGCGAACACCAUAACAUACGCUAUCAAGGCUUUCUGUGUUUCGGACGGCAAUUCAAAAAUGUGUCUGAAGGGAGAACCUGGCACAAUUGGAGCACAGGGUAUCAAGGGAGAUGUCGGACCCAAAGGACUUAAAGGAGACCCUGGGCUUCCUGGUCAUCAGGGGCCACAGGGUUCCAGGGGAGUCAAAGGCGAGAAGGGAGAUCAAUGUAAGGGAUGUGGACAUUCAAUGAUGAGUGAGGAGCCUCUUGAACAACGUGGCGCAGAGAGAAUGGGUCAAGAGAUUAGUGUCCCUGGGAUUUUUGUGACACCCGCUGUGCAAACAGUUUCAGAGAACAAGACGGCAAGAUUCACGUGUUAUAGCCGUGGGUACAACACAGCCGUGGUUAAGUGGAGAAGGCUUGGAAAACUACUUCCCAAAGACAGAACGAUUCUUGGAGAGACAGGGGUGCUGAAGAUUAAGCGAGUGACAUUCAUGGACAGUGGUUUGUACAUGUGCACUGUAAACAGUCCAUCUGGCAUAGCUCAGGCAACUGUUAUGCUUAGGGUUCAAGGUAAAUAUGGACUGAAAAAUUCAUUCAUUCAUCUAGUUGUUCAAAAGGUGGAUAGUGUUAUCCACUGAAUAAAUCUUUAUCUAAUGUAUAACGUAGUAGGUUUCCUCAACAUUUCUCUUGAUGAUAUGACGUGGAUAAUGCCUUCCAACUUCUGAGCAAAUGGUUUCAGAUUACUAGUGUUUUUAUUUUUCCAUUUGUACUUACGGAAUAUAGAAUACGUUUCUCAAAUUUAGGACGUUAAAUCACCUCACAUAAUUAUAACUAUCAAUACUUGUGACAACAUUUUUCUACUAUUCUUGAACAGUAUCAAAUAUCUUCUGGGAUAAUAGAAUUGAAAAUUUGUGUUUCCUCUUAUAAACAGCGUCAGUAGUUGUUCGCACUGCCUUCGAUGUAGAGCAAACUGUUGUUUUGAGGAAAAACUGAGGAGCGUUGUUUUUAUAUUAUUUUAGCUUCUCCUCGUGUUUACAUUGAUUCCGGUCCCACGUUCGUUAUCAGAGGUGAAGAUGCAGUCCUGCCGAGCUGUCACGUGAUAGGCUAUCCUCCACCGGUUGUCACAUGGGCCAAAGUGCUUGGAAAGUUACCGCGAGGGCGAACUCUGCUUAAAGGACGGAGUGUGACGAUUUUACGUGCAGAGAGAGAGGAUGCUGGAAGCUACAUCUGCAAAGCAACUAGUCCAGGAGGAUCAUCGCGGGCGGUUACUCAGCUAGUUGUAACCAUAGUGCCCAGGUUCACUGUAACACCGAUGGCCGUGAUUGAGAAGUUUGCCGGAACCUCGGUGAGAACAUGUUUUGCAUAGCUGAAUAUCCAUAGCUAAUAUCAGUAUGUGCCGGCUGUUAGGCAAACUAUUGAUUGGUCAUUGUCUAACAGCUUUUAAAUUUGAACAAACAAUAGUUUAUCACAAACAGAUAAGAAAACAAGGCGAAAAUGUCAACGUCGAAAAUGCUAAAAUCAGAAAAAAAUAACAUCCUUGAAAGGCCACAAACACCGUGUUAAAAUGCAAAAAUGGCUUAUUUCUGACCAUUUUUUAUUCCUUUUGGGGUGAAAAAUUUGAUAAGAUCUGCUUCUCGUUCUGUGCAUGGAGUCAUCCUGGCCCGGUUGUUCAAACGUUGGAUAGACAGCUAUCCACUGAAUAAAUCACUAUCUGAUAGAUAAGUAUUAGGGAAACCCAUGCAUUGCAUUAUCCAGUGGAUAGAGAUUUAGCCCGUGGAUAGCGUUAUCCUCCUUUUGAACAACUGGGGCCAGAUCUAUAAAUGAACAGAUGAACGGCUUAAAGGAAUCUAUUUGUUAUCAGGCUCCCGUUCCGAAGUUCGAUAUGUUAACCGCUAGGCUGCCACGCCUCCACUCGUUAUCUCUACAUGCUGGGGAUUUUUUUUCACACGACGUUUUAGCUAAAAUAAAAGUUAAAAAGUUAUCGAGGGAAAACCUGAAUUAAGCUCCCCUCUUCAAAUACACCCCUGCCCCCUCCCCGCAGAUUGUUUUAGAAAAAACACUUUUUACCUUUUUACUUUUUUACACAAAGGUUACUGUUAACUGUUCUGCCACUGGUGAUCCAGAUCCCGUUAUUACAUGGGAACCUAUUUGCACAGGGAACCUUCCAAGUGAGAGAUUGAACAUUACAGAACACAGCGUGACCAUUAGGGCCUUACAGCCAGACGAUCAGGGCAAAUACGCAUGUGUAGCAACUAGUGCACUUUUCCGGGCGCGAGCAGAGUUUAAUCUCCUUGUCAAGACAGGUAAAUUUAAAAAUAUUUUGUUAAAACUUUAAAUUUGAGUUAAAUAAUAACUAAAUACUCAAACAAUUCGUUUUUAUGUCAAGACCACCUACAGGAAAGUAAAUGGUGAAAUCGUCAUAGUAAAAGUUGUAGCAUGUAAUAUUUUUUUCCUUUUACUCAUUUUCUUUUAGCACGUGAUUGUUUCACUUUGUAUUCAUCUGGCGUACGCACUAGCGGUUUGUACAUGAUAAAUCCAGAUGGAAAUUCUUCGUUCCCAGUCCUCUGUGACAUGCUUACUGACGGUGGUGGAUGGACGGUAUUUCAGAGGAGACUGGACGGCAGUACUAAUUUUUUCCGUGACUGGGACGCCUAUAAACACGGCUUUGGAGAUCUCAACAAAGAGUUCUGGCUCGGUAACGACAAAAUUAGUCGGUUAACGCAAGCCAUGGAUGUAGCUCUUCGUGUGGAUUUGACCGACUGGGACGAAACAACGGCCUUCGCCAAAUAUGGAAAUUUCCGUGUCGAAAACGAGUCCGUAAAAUACAAACUUACUGUAGGUUCUUAUACCGGAACUGCUGGAGAUUCAUUGUCAUAUCACAGCGCCUCGUCAUUUACAACUAUGGACAAAGACAAUGAUAGCAACAGAGGGGAAAAUUGUGCAAUUAAGAGCGUGGGUGCAUGGUGGUAUAACAGCUGUCAUGACUCUAAUUUAAACGGACAAUACAUGAGCGUUGGUAAGCGGGACUCAAAAGGAAUGGUCUGGUACUACUGGAAAAACAACCUCCAGGCACUGAAAACUUCACAGAUGAUGCUGCGACCCAAAUCCAUUGAGUGA